CUUUAACCACACGUCUGUUCGAACGCGUGUUAGUACUGAAAUCCUGCUGAAAGAUCGAUUUUAUUUUUCUUGUCGACCUAUAAUCCGCGCGUCCCAAAAACUCGAAUAUCCGAAACGAUAUUAUGGGUUAAAUCCAUUCCUGAUAUUUCCAAGAAUUUAAAAAAAACUAAAUCAAUUUUUUUCUGAUUAAAAUCAACAAGUUGUUAAAGACUUUUUGAGAAAGAAAAACAUUUCGUUCGGGUUACCUAAAAAUAGUGAAACCUUGGAACGACGAGGGGAUAAUUUCCUGAAUCAAGAAAAAAAUAGUGCUGAAAAAAUUUGAAAUGGCUAAUAAGUCGUCGGAAAUUACAAGAAAUGGGCACGAAAUGGCCCCUUUGAACUCGAGACAGAACUCUCAAGGUGGAAAACCAGGUGUUACUAUUGUUCUGCAAGGUCCACGGGGGUCCAUCAUCUCGAGGGGUAGCGGCAACAUCGAUGGAGAUCCAGAUCGCGCCGCUUGGUCUGGAAAGAUGCAGUUCUUUUUGUCCAUUAUUGGAUAUUCGGUUGGGUUGGGAAAUAUUUGGAGGUUUCCCUAUUUAUGUCAACAGAAUGGAGGAGGAGCUUUCCUCAUCCCAUUCUUUAUAAUGUUGAUUUUGGAAGGAAUUCCAUUAUUUUUGAUCGAAUUGGGAAUCGGACAAAAAAUGAGACUGGGUUCCUUGGGCGUUUGGAAUACAAUCCACCCUUGGUUGGGUGGAAUUGGUAUUUCCUCUUGCCUGGUUACAUUCUUCGUAGCGUUAUACUAUAACGUUAUCAUAACAUGGUGCUUUUAUUACCUUUUUAACAGUUUCCAGAAUCCUCUUCCUUGGGCAAGUUGUCCGGUGGUGAAUGGAACGGAAGUUGCUGAAUGCGUUAAAUCCUCAGAAACGGCUUAUUUUUGGUACAGAACCACUUUGGAUGUUUCAUCAUCGAUUGAUGAUCCGGGAUCACCGAAAUGGUGGAUCGUUGUGUGUUUAUUAUUAUCGUGGAUCAUUGUAUUUUUUAUUGUGAUGAAAGGAAUUCAAAGCUCUGGAAAGGUGGUUUAUUUUACUUCAAUGUUCCCGUACAUUGUUUUAACCAUAUUUUUUGUGAGAGGAAUUACAUUGAAUGGGGCGAGUGCUGGUUUAGCUCAUAUGUAUACCCCAAAAGUGGAAAAACUUUUAGAACCAACAGUUUGGUUGGAUGCAGCAACUCAAGUGUUUUAUUCGUUUGGUUUAGCUUUUGGAUCGUUAAUCGCGUUUGGUUCAUAUAAUCAGCCGAAAAAUAAUUGCGUUAGAGAUGUGAUUUUAGUGUCAAUUUGCAAUGCAAUAACUGCGAUUUAUGCCAGCGUUGUAAUCUUUGCCAUUUUGGGUUUUAAAGCGAUGAGUAAUGUUGAAAAAUGCAUUCACAGUAAUAAAAUGAAGAUGGCAUCACUUGGAUUAAUUGCAAGCACAGAUGUUAGUACUUCCCUUUACGAACGUGCAUACGCUGAUAUUCCUUCAAUAAAUAGAACUGAAGUUUACGGAUUAGAUGUUUGUUCAUUAGAACAAGAAUUAGAACAAGCAGCCGAAGGAACCGGAUUAGCUUUCAUCGUUUUCACCCAAGCAAUCGUCGAAUUACCAGGUGCUCCAUUUUGGGCGGUAAUUUUCUUUAUGAUGUUACUCUCCCUUGGAUUAGGUUCCCAAAUUGGAAUCUUGGAAGGAAUGUUAUGUACGAUUUUUGAUAUAGAAAUUUUCAAAAGAAUUCGAAAACCGUACUUGACCGGUGUGGUUUGUUUGAUUUGUUUCUUUAUGGGAUUGAUCUUUACAACCGGAGCUGGGGAGUAUUGGCUGAAACUUUUCGAUUCUUUCGCUGGAACCAUCGGAUUAGUCGUUGUUGCUUUCAUGGAAAUGAUCGCUGUCAUUUAUAUUUAUGGACACAAGAAAUUCACGCAAGAUAUUUUCGAUAUGACCGGAGUUAGACCUGGAAUUUUCUGGCAGUUUACUUGGAGAUUUUUGGCUCCACUCAUUAUGUUUGUCAUAUUGGUAUCGUCGAUAGUUGAUAUGGUGGUGAGAAAUCCAACAUAUCAAGCAUGGCAUGCAGAAAAGGGCAAAGGUGUGAGUACUCAAUAUCCAAAUUGGGUAAUGGGAAUAGCAAUUACAAUGAUAUUUGCUGGAGUUCUCCCAAUUCCAAUCGUUUUCCUCCUAAGAAGAUACCAAUGUUUGAAAUUCGACGUGAACAUCCACGAAGGAUCCAUAAGACGUAUUGAAACAACAGUUUCAACCAAAGAAAUGAUUACAGACGUCGAUGAGCAAUUAACCAGUCCAGAUGGUCCUUGUCUCACUGCUACAAAUACACACAAAAAUAAAUUUACUAUCGGCGAUUUUGAGGUGUAAAUCUGGAUGACGAUAGCGAUGUGGACCGUCUUCCAGAUUACCACGACGACGACAGCGACGAAGACAACCCCAAGGUGAGCAUGAAUCGACUUGGAAAAGUGUUCCGCAUGGAAGUAAUGGACGAUUAGCGGCCAUGGAGACGUCCAAUUUUCUAUCAAAACACCUCGAAAAAGUCAUAAAGAAAAUCUGAAUAUUUAGACACGUUUCCAUUUCCGUCAAAUUCGUCCACAAAAAAAAACUAUAUCACCUCGAACAUUUAAAACGAAAAGAAAAGUACCUAAAUAAUAAUAAAAAUAUUUUAUUUGGGUAGAUAACUUUAGUUUAUUAAAAGAAUAAAGGAGUAAAGGUAGAGUAAAGAUGGAGUAGAAAGGGGGUUAGAAGUGAAAGAAUGAGUGAAAAUAAUACCGAACUAGUCAAUUCAAUGAAACUUAGGACGUAUUUUUAUUGUAUAUACGUUUAAAAGAUCAUAGAUGAGUCGCUACAAGAAAAUAGUUUUUAAACAAAAUUAAACAACAUGAAUGAAUAAGUUACACUUAUUAUAAACGCUUUUAGUUUUGAUUUUCGGGGUAAAACGUUUUAGAAUAAACGAGAAUAGGGAAAAAAUAUAGGUUGCGUAUUAUUACAGUAUUAAUAUAUACAGGGUAAAAAUUUGAUAAAACAAAAAAGAAUUAAUAUUAUU